CAGCAGCAGCAGAAUCCCCGGGGAUUUGCAGGCAGGCGCGCGCGCCUUGCUCCAGCAGCAGAGCCUCUUUUGCAGCCGAGGAGGCAGUCUCUCCAUCCCUGCCCUGCAUCCUUCCUCCUUCCCUUGCAGCCGGGGAUGGAGGCUGCUUUGCUGAAGCCGCUGGGGGUGGCCGAGGUGGUGAAGCCUGGGGCUGGAGGUGCAGUGAGCGCAGAGCUGGAGGUGAAGAAGCUCCAGGAGCUGGUCCGCAAACUGGAGCAGCAGAACGAGCAGCUGCGGAGCAGGGCGGCCUCCGGCUCCCCUCCAGCCUCGCAGCCCCUGCUCCUGGAGCCCCCCCAGGCCGACCCCGGCAGCAGCAGCAGCAGCCCCCCUCCUCCUCCUCCUCCUCCGCCGACCCUCCUGCUCCUGCGCCCGGGAGGAGCAGAGCCCUUCGUCUACUUCAAGGCAGCCCAGCAGCAGCAGCAGCAGGCCACCUUCCUGGAGGAGGUGGAGGUCCUGGACCUCCAGGAGGAAGGGCAGCUCCAAGAGAAGGACCAGGAGACCUGGUUGUAUGUUGUACCUGCUAAGAGCAUCCUUCCUCCAGAAAAAGCACUGACCCCUCUGCAGUGGUGUCGACACAUUCUGGAUAAUCCAAGCCCUGAGAUGGAGGCUGCAAAGCGCUCCUUGUGCUUCAGGCUAGAACAAGCUAGUCGAUGGCGGAGUCUCUUCUCUUCAUCUGUCUCCCUGACUUUCCCCUAUAGCCCUGUCGCAAGGCUCACUCCAUAUAGCAAUGGCUUUAACACUCCUGCCUUCUCUAAAACCUUCAGUAAAGCAAUAUUAACACCUGAAAGAACAGGCUGCCUUUCUAGAAGUUCCCCUCUCAGCCCCCAGUCAUCCAUAGACAGCGAACUGAGUACCUCCGAACUGGAAGAUGACUCUAUCUCCAUGGGGUAUAAACUGCAAGACCUCACUGAUGUCCAGAUCAUGGCUCGGCUACAAGAAGAGAGUCUGAGGCAAGACUAUGCUUCUACUUCAGCAUCUGUCUCAAGAAACAGUUCCAGCUUGUCUCUUCAUCUGAGCAAGAAAGGGGCAAGCAGUGACCAGGAGUUUGAUCGCUAUAGCCUGGAGGACGAGGAAGAAGAGUUUGACCACCUGCCUCCUCCGCAGCCACGGCUCACCCGCUGUUCCCCAUUCCAAAGAGGAAUUCCCCAUUCACAGACUUUCUCCAGUAUACGGGACUGCAGAAGGAGCCCAACCUCCCCAUAUUUCCCCUCCAAUAAUUAUCAACAGCCACAGUGUUAUUCGCCUCAGGCCCAAAGUCCUCUUGAGUCUCAACCAAACCGGAUUAAUGGAGACAAACUUCGAAGAAGCAUGCCUAACUUAGCGCGAAUGCCAAGCACCCCCACCAUCAGUACGAACAUCAGUUCCAACAUCACUGUGAGGAACAGUCUCAGCUUUGAUUCUAAUUUGCAUGGAGCUGGUAAUGGGAUAUCAAGAAUACAGUCUUGCAUUCCUUCUCCAGGACAACUUCAACAUCGAGUUCACAGUGUAGGACAUUUCCCAGUAUCUAUCAGACAACCCCUCAAAGCCACAGCCUACGUGAGUCCCACUGUCCAAGGGAGCAAUAGUAACGGCAGCAACAGCAGCAACAGUAGCAGCAGCAGCAGCAGCAACAGCAAUGGUGUUCCCAUGUCCAGCAGCACCUUACAGUUGCACUCUAACACAGGCAUCCCCAUGCCAAACAAGACUGCAAACAUGGGCCUUGUCUCUCGCAGCGGCCUUCCAAGGCCGUCACUGGCUAUAGGUGGGAGCAGCAUACCCAGGAGCAAAAUUGCACAACCCAUUCGAAGUUUUCUCCAGCCACCAAAGCCUCUUUCUUCACUUAGUACUCUACGGGAUGGCAACUGGAGAGACGGCUGUUAUUGAUGUUGGGUGGACCUGAGCCGUGUGCAAGGAAUAACGCAGAGCCUCCAACCCAGCUGGCUGGGUAACUAUAACUUUGGAAGGGCAGAUGGUUCCUUAUUCUUCUGUUGUUAUCAUUGGUCACUGAACAUAUUGCACUUAAAUUAUUUGCUGUGGGAGGGGCAGAGGGCAGAGAAACAACACUGUUGUCAAAUUAAUGUUGCAGUAUUUGUAUUCAGAGUUUUUAAAUACAUGCACAAAGAAUCUAAACCUGAGGGCGGAAAAUGUGACUACUGAAUGCUUUGUCAUAAUGCAGUGUUCAGAAACCUUUUCUGUACUUCUCUCCCUCCUCUCCCCCACAUUUUGAAAAGUGUUAUUUUAACCACUUCUCUUUCAAAAUUACAAAAUAGUGUACUAAACUACCUGCUUCGAUUUUUCUUUGAUAGCUGGAGAGGGGCAGGCAUUUUUUGCACAUAAUGCAUUUUUAUAUUUUUGUGAAUCAUGUAGUAUUAAAGUACUUGGUGUGUAUAUGUGUGCCAUAAGUUUUUCUUUUCUUUUCUUUUAAUGGAACAGUACUAUUUUAGGCAUUCAGUCAGAAUGCAUCUUAAGCAUAUCUGCCGCAAUCCAGUGAGAGCUAUCUGUGAAGGGAAAGAGAUAGCAUCUGUAUGCAUUAUCUUUAGAUGCAUGAGAAAAUAUGGGUGGUUUCUGAUGAUAGGAAGUUUCCUCCACUUCCAACUUGUAAGAAUUGGCUGAUGCUGCCAAACAUCUGUGGAUGGGUGGAGGGUGGGGAGAGAAAGGUAGAACGGAAAUUCAUUCAAGUGCUGAGCCUACUCCUGAAUGGAUUGAAUCCACGAUGGACAAUACAACAGUUAUGUUGUAUGUUGAUAGUUUUGUAGCACACAUGAAACAAGUACUCACUUGAAACUGCCAUGCCUUUGGUCAACACGAGUCUGCUCUCUCGUCUCCUUGUUGCAGUGUUAAUUUAUUAUCAUGGUGAUGGUGUAUUUAUAAGGAGGGCAUAAAUUAUAUUGCACAUAAAAGAUGCAGUGAUCUCUUAACCAGUUGGGUUUCAAUACUUUAUUAUAAUGAAUAAAACUGCAAUGUUUUAUUAACAAUUGUGUAUGGUGAAAAUAAAUGCAUUUUCAUGGAAGUAAAACAUUUUUGAUAGACCUUUUACAAAAAAAGUAAUUGCACUAAUCAAUGUUUCUUACUAUGGAAUAUGAUUUUAAUACUUGAUUACAACUUGUAUUCUGCUGAUCUGAGACAUUUCACAAAUAAAGAAAUCUAUUUCAGCAAUAUCAUGCUA